UCCGACAGCAUCAGCAUGUCUCGUGUGUCGCACAUCCUUUUGGUCGUCCUUUUGUGCCCGUUCUCCGGCUGUCAUGGCUGGGACUACUGCCAGCAGCACUGGUGCUCGGGCUCAGCACUCGAGCACGUGGCCUGCAACAAUAAUGGCAGCUUGGGCGCGCAGUGCAGGCGCGAGGCCCGACUGCUGCCGCUGAGUGCCGAGCUGCAGGAGUUUAUUGUGCGCCAAGUGAAUCUCUAUCGGAAUCGUGUGGCCUCGGGCACAUUCCGCCACUUUGCGGCCGCCGACCGCAUGGCCAGCAUCCAGUGGGACCCCGAACUGGCGACGCUCGCCGAGCUGGCGGUCAGGCAGUGCACUCUGGACACGGACAAGUGCCGCAACACCAGGCGCUUCAAGCACGUCGGCCAGAUCGUGGGCCACGUCAUCUUCAGUGCGUAUCGCUUCAGCGAUCGCCAGCUGAUCGGCCACAAGAUCUACAAUUGGUUCAAGGAGUACAAGCGGGCCACAGAGGGCCUGGUGCCGGACGAUCUCCGCGGAGCCACCGCCAGCUUCCGGCAGCUCGUGCAGGAGCGUGCCACCCACAUGGGCUGUGGCGUGUUGCGGCAGCCUCGCCUGCGCUGGCUGCAGCAGUUCAUCGUCUGCAAUUUCGCCCGCGAGAGUGUCUACCACGAGCCGCCCUAUGCCAGCGGCCACCAAGCGGCUGCCGGCUGCCAAACGGGCCCCAAUCCCCGCUUUCCCCAUCUGUGCGGCCUCGAGGAGCCCUACGACGUGAAUGCCGUGGAUCGUUUUGCCACCAGCCAGAAUGAUUUAAUCUAUGGCUGACUCUCGUUCAAAGUCCCAACCCCAAACAGAAGUGAUUCCUCACUUUCAUACACUUAAA